GGCGAACCUGGGAGCUGGCGCGCAGCCUGCUGGUGCUGCGCUUGUGCGCCUGGCCCGCGCUGCUGGCGCGCCACGAGCAGACCCAUCCUGUUCUCCCAACUAUCCCUGGGUGCUGCCAGCAGGAAUGAGGCCUGGCUCAGGCUCAGUGGGAGACGGAGAACAUGUCAGCCUGUUCAUUUUCCAGUUUCUAAUCCUCUUGAUAAAAGAACAAAAUGCAGUAAAGUCAGAUUCUGCUUGGAGGCUGCAGGAAGGCAGGGGUGAGUGCCUGGGAAACCCUGGUCCUUGGGGCUGCCCCAUAGCAUGCCCAGGGGUGAUGGUCAGGAGGCAUCUCCAUGGGGCACCAAUGUUCAGGGUAAGGCUGUGGGGCUAUGUCUGCCUGUGGGCAGGCGUGUGGGUGCUCAGGGCUGGCUUGGGUGUAAGUGUUUGACUCGCUAAUGCUUUUGCUUAGACUAGAAGUUGUUCCUGAAACUACGGUCUCAAGAGAUGCUCCCCACAUAAAAGGAGUUCUAGUAUCCAUUGGGUUUGAGAAACCCCAGGCUCUUCCUGUGUUGGGGCUGAGUCGGCAGGGGCAGCAGACACAACGUGGAGGUGUGCUUCUGAGCAUCACACUCGGCCCUCCUCUCCAAGUAGCCUCUCGUUGUCCCUGUCCUUUCUGUCCUGGCUGUCCCCCGUGCUGGAGCUCCCACAGUUCUCCAUGCCAUCUCCUCGCCUUGGCAAGCCCCACUCCUGGAUCUGGCUGCUGUAUGUUUCCAGGAAACUUCUAGGACAGAGGCUAUUCAACAAGCUCAUGAAGAUGACCUUCUAUGGGCAUUUUGUAGCCGGGGAGGACCAGGAGUCCAUCCAGCCCCUGCUUCGGCACUACAGGGCCUUCGGUGUCGGCGCCAUCCUGGACUAUGGAGUGGAGGAGGACCUGAGCCCCGAGGAGGCAGAGCACAAGGAGAUGGAGUCCUGCACCUCAGCUGCGGAGAGGGAUGGCAGUGGCACGAAUAAGCGGGACAAGCAAUACCAGGCCCACCGGGCCUUCGGGGACCGCAGGAAUGGUGUCAUCAGUGCCCGCACCUACUUCUACGCCAAUGAGGCCAAGUGUGACAGCCACAUGGAGACCUUCUUGCGCUGCAUCGAAGCCUCAGGUAGAGUCAGCGAUGACGGCUUCAUAGCCAUUAAGCUCACGGCACUGGGGAGACCCCAGUUUCUGCUGCAGUUCUCAGAGGUGCUGGCCAAGUGGAGGUGCUUCUUUCACCAAAUGGCUGUGGAGCAAGGGCAGGCGGGCCUGGCUGCCAUGGACACCAAGCUGGAGGUGGCGGUGCUGCAGGAAAGUGUCGCAAAGAUGGGCAUCACAUCCAGGGCUGAGAUUGAGGACUGGUUCACGGCAGAGACCCUGGGAGUGUCUGGCACCGUGGACCUGCUGGACUGGAGCAGCCUCAUCGACAGCAGAACCAAGCUCUCCAAGCACCUGGUGGUCCCCAACGCACAGACAGGACAGCUGGAGCCCCUGCUGUCCCGGUUCACUGAGGAGGAGGAGCUACAGAUGACGAGGAUGCUACAGCGGAUGGAUGUCCUGGCCAAGAAAGCCACAGAGAUGGGCGUGCGGCUGAUGGUGGAUGCCGAGCAGACCUACUUCCAGCCGGCCAUCAGCCGCCUGACGCUGGAGAUGCAGCGGAAGUUCAAUGUGGAGAAGCCGCUCAUCUUCAACACAUACCAGUGCUACCUCAAGGAUGCCUAUGACAAUGUGACCGUGGACGUGGAGCUGGCUCGCCGUGAGGGCUGGUGUUUUGGGGCCAAGCUGGUGCGGGGCGCAUACCUGGCCCAGGAGCGAGCCCGUGCGGCAGAGAUCGGCUAUGAGGACCCCAUCAACCCCACGUACGAGGCCACCAAUGCCAUGUACCACAGGUGCCUGGACUACGUGUUGGAGGAGCUGAAGCACAAUGCCAAGGCCAAGGUGAUGGUGGCCUCCCACAAUGAGGACACAGUGCGCUUCGCACUGCGCAGGAUGGAGGAGCUGGGCCUGCAUCCUGCUGACCACCAGGUGUACUUUGGACAGCUGCUAGGCAUGUGUGACCAGAUCAGCUUCCCGCUGGGUGAGUGGGGCCCUCCCUGGUGCGAUGGGGUACGGUGCUGGGCCUGGGCCUCAUGGUGUAUCUGCCUCCGUGCAGGCCAGGCCGGCUACCCCGUGUACAAGUACGUGCCCUACGGCCCCGUGAUGGAGGUGCUGCCCUACUUGUCCCGCCGUGCCCUGGAGAACAGCAGCCUCAUGAAGGGCACCCAUCGGGAGCGGCAGCUGCUGUGGCUGGAGCUCUUGAGGCGGCUCCGAACUGGCAACCUCUUCCAUCGCCCUGCCUAGCACCCGCCAGCCCACCCUCAGCCUCCAGCACCCCCUGCCCCCGCCCAGGCCAUCACCACAGCUGCAGCCAACCCCAUCCUCACACAGAUUCACCUUUUUUCACUCCACACUUGCAGAGCUGCUGGAGGUGGAGUCAGGUGCCUCCCAGCCCUGCCAAUGGUGGGGGCACUCAGGUGUGGGCCGACCCUGAUACCUGCCUGGGAUAGCUGCUGGUAACUGUUAGGAACUUUCCUCGGAUGUGUGGGCCCAAGGCCCCCACCUCUGUGACCCCCAUGUCCUUGGACCUAGAGGAUUGUCCACCUUCUGCCAAGGCCAGCCCACACAGCCCGAGCCCCUCGGGGAGCAGUGGCCGGGCUGGGGAGGCCUGCCUGGUCGAUAAACCACUGUUCCUGCA